AUGAGUAUGCUAUCUAGAAGAUUGUUUUCCACUUCUCGCCUUGCUGCUUUCAGCAAGAUCAAGGUCAAGCAGCCCGUUGUCGAGUUGGACGGUGAUGAAAUGACCCGUAUCAUUUGGGACAAGAUCAAGAAAAAAUUGAUUCUACCCUACUUGGACGUAGACUUGAAGUACUACGACUUAUCUGUCGAAUCUCGUGACGCCACGUCCGAUAAGAUUACUCAGGAUGCUGCUGAGGCGAUCAAGAAGUAUGGUGUCGGUAUCAAGUGUGCCACCAUCACUCCUGAUGAAGCUCGUGUGAAGGAGUUCAAUCUGCACAAGAUGUGGAAGUCUCCUAAUGGUACCAUCAGAAAUAUUCUUGGCGGUACGGUGUUUAGAGAGCCCAUUGUUAUUCCUAGAAUUCCUAGACUGGUUCCACGUUGGGAAAAACCAAUCAUUAUUGGAAGACACGCUCAUGGUGAUCAAUAUAAGGCCACAGACACGUUGAUCCCAGGCCCAGGUUCCUUGGAACUAGUCUACAAGCCAUCUGGAUCUGCGACAACUGCUCAACCCCAAACUUUGAAAGUGUAUGACUACAAAGGCAGUGGUGUGGCCAUGGCCAUGUACAAUACUGAUGAAUCCAUCGAAGGGUUUGCUCAUUCGUCUUUCAAGUUGGCCAUUGACAAGAAGCUGAACCUUUUCUUGUCAACCAAGAACACUAUUUUGAAGAAAUAUGACGGUAGAUUCAAAGACAUUUUUCAAGAAGUUUAUGAAGCUCAAUAUAAAUCCAAAUUCGAGGAACUUGGCAUCCAUUAUGAACAUCGUUUAAUUGAUGACAUGGUCGCCCAAAUGAUAAAGUCUAAAGGUGGGUUUAUCAUGGCGCUAAAAAACUAUGAUGGUGAUGUCCAAUCUGACAUCGUCGCCCAGGGAUUUGGCUCUUUGGGGUUGAUGACUUCUAUCUUAGUUACACCAGACGGCAAAACUUUCGAAAGUGAAGCUGCCCAUGGUACGGUGACAAGACAUUAUAGAAAAUACCAAAAGGGCGAAGAAACUUCUACAAACUCGAUUGCAUCCAUUUUUGCUUGGUCGAGAGGUCUAUUGAAGAGAGGUGAAUUGGACAAAACUCCAGCUUUGUGCAAAUUUGCCAAUAUUUUGGAAUCUGCCACUCUGAACACAGUUCAGCAAGACGGUAUCAUGACGAAGGAUUUGGCUUUGGCUUGCGGUAACAACGAAAGAUCUGCUUAUGUUACUACAGAAGAAUUUUUGGAUGCUGUUGAAAAAAGACUACAAAAAGAAAUCAAGUCAAUUGAGUAA